AUGGCAACCGAGCCCAAUGAUGACGAGUUGUAUUAUCGAUUCAAGCAGGAAGUUGAGAGAGUCGAGCUUUUGGCCUCGAAUGAAGAAGAAGAGAAACAAGAAAGUGGGUUUGACCCUCGAAGCGUGAGACCAGACAUCAGACCGGCUCAACAUUUUGUGAACUAUCGCCGAGCCGAAAACGUUGAUACCGAAAACAUGAUACCGAAUCUACACUCGAACGCUGAAUGGCAGCGCCUUCCCUUUUUCCAGCGAAGAAGAUACCUUCAGGUCUUGAUGCGGAAUUUAUUGAUGCUAGAUCAUCUGUUGGUGGCUCUUUUACUCCCUUUCUCUACAUACAACAUCCUAAAAGUACUUUUCAGUGAGGUGACGUUUUCCGAGUACGACUUUGCGGCUGAGAUAUUAAGGUACUGGCGGACGACUCAGGUGGUGGAUGAUCAAAGCGUAUUACAAGGAUUAUUGCCAGACGGUGCGCAGCUUUUGAAUAAAUUCCACAAUAUUGUGCUGUUGUUCUGCGUUCCUGCGUUCGAUGCAUGGAAUUCUAACUUUGGGAGUUCACUUUACGCUGCACGAGUGUUCUCAGCGUCCAUCAAAUUUACAACACUCGCGCUGUAUCUCUCCUACGGGAUAACAGCAAGCACCUAUCUGUGUUUCGCAACCUUCUUCUUUAGCCUAUGCUUUCUGAUCACCUUUUUCAGGCGAUACAAAUAUGUGGAGCGGGUCUUAAGCUACAUGUACCAGACCUCAGGCAAGGUUUUUUGA